AUGCACACACUUUCUCUUGGAGCAGAUGGUUGUGUAUGGAAUUUUCAACAUGUUGCUUGUGGAAGGGUCGUUAGAGACACCAAGGGGAACUGGAUGAUGGGCUUUCAUAAGAACCUUAGAGCCUGCUCAGUUACUAAUGUAAAAAUAUUGGCCAUCAAAGUUGGGAUCGAGGUCUGCCAAGAUCUCAAUCUUGGCAAAAUCUCUAUCCACUCUAAUUCCAUUGAGGCCAUUAACACUUUGAGACGAGACAAUCCCUUAGAUCACCACUUAAGAGAUGCUAUUGAUUACAUUAGAGAUCAAUUAUUUCUCAUGCAUGAUGUGGAAUUACACCAUUCUCAUAGAGACAUCAUCAGAUGCAUGGACUUCAUGGCAAGACAAGGUCACAAUGGCCCUCCUACCACGACUUUGGUACCUCAUGUACUUGUAAAUUGUUUGUCCAUGUAUCUUGAAGAUAAGAACCAUCUUUAG